AUGGUGACCGUCUCAAAAGAACGAUCACACGGCUCGAGUUAUCAACAUGAACGACCUCGUAAUGGAGAGCGAGUCUGGCGCCGGGCGGUCAAUCUUCCGCUUGCACAUUCUGGUCGGCAUGGCCCGAUUGUCCUCCACGAAAAGAAUCAGAUCGACUUUGGUCGAUGGAGAGUCUAUCGCUUUGAUUUGCCAGCCAAGGCCCAGGAGCACUGGCGCGGGAUGAAGGGCAUACUGGUCAACCACAAAGUCAAUUUGAAGUCGAUCUUCGCACAUGAUUUCCAAGCGGUUGAUUUCCAAACCCAUAACGGCGCGUCACCAAGUCUGUGGCAGAGACUGGACAGGACAAGCCAACUCAUCGACUCUUUGACUCUGCUCGAUGACGACAAGGACUAUCAUUUGUCCUUCAGCGUUCGCUAUCUGCUGGAAGCUUGUCUGUCACUUGGCGUGUUACAUGAAGACAAUAUCACGUCAGAGUUCUUGCGAAGCUUGCGGAAUGGGGACAGCUCAAGUGGGCAAUUACGGACAUCCAAUAUGCUAGCCUACAUCGCGACGAAAGGCCAAAGAUGGUGGGAACCAAUGGACAUUUUCAAAGACAGGGAUAUUACCCGCGGCUGCCCCUCUCGUACGCAGAGAAUCCCAGAAUACUGCUGCCUCGUUCGCAAAGCUGUCGUCACUCCAACAACAAUCUAUUUCUCUCCACCUACUGUCGAAACUUCUCAUCGGAUACUUCGAGAAUAUAAGCACCAUCAAGACCAUUUCCUGCGAAUCCAGUUUCUGGACGAAAAGCAUAACGGCAGCAUCCGUGGCCAGAUCUGGGACGAGGAUGGCGAUGAUGAUCACCAAAAGGAAAUUUGGGACAGAAUCACCCGUACUCUACGAGAAGGUAUCCGCAUUGGUGGGCACCACUAUAGGUUCCUCGCUUACGGCAACUCCCAAUUACGAGAGAGCAGUGCGCUGUUUUUCUGCGACGAUGGUGACCUCACUUGCGAAGUUAUACGGCAGCAAAUGGGAACAUUCAAUACCAUCCGGAAUGCUGCCAGGUAUGCGGCUCGUAUGGGUCAGUGCCUAUCUACGACGAAAGCUCCAGCGCUUCCCUACUUGUAUAACAAAGUCGACAUUGUAGAUACCGGUAACGAAUGGGUAUUCACCGACGGGGUUGGGAAAAUAUCUCCGUUCCUAGCUACGGAGAUCAUAAAGAGCCCUAGUAUCAAACUCAGCAGAAGCAGGAGUGUCGUGCCCUCGGCAUUUCAAUUCCGCCUUGGUGGCAGCAAGGGUCUUCUUGUAGUAUGGGAUAUUGGUUGGAUUGAAGUCCAUCUCCGCCCAUCCCAAGUCAAGUUCGAGUCCCCGAGCAAAAGGCUUGAGAUCAUCAAGGUGUCUCGGACAACAAUGGCGACCCUGAAUCGGCAAACUAUCACCAUCUUAUCGUCCUUGGGAGUACGCGCGGAGGUGUUUCUAAACAUGCUUGCGGCACAAAUCUCCGACUACGACAGAGUUAUGACCGAUAGUAAAAUCGCGCAACAGAUACUCGAAGCCAACAAUGAUGAGAACGGGGUCCUAGGCGCAAUGUCUGAGAUGAUCGGAGAUGGCUUCAUGGACGCCCAAGAACCGUUCAUGCUGACAAUGCUUGACUUGUGGCGCACCUGGUGUCUCAAGCAAUUGAAGGACAAGGGACGCUUACAUGUCAAAAACGGUGCAUUCGUCUUUGGUGGUGUGGAUGAGACCAAUACUUUGCGCGGAUGGUACCGCGAGAGUACGCUUCUACCUCAAGUAUUCUUACAAGUCCCAAACAGCGACGACAAGUACGAAGUGAUCACAGGCUUGUGCAUAGUGGGACGAAACCCGACACUGCACCCUGGUGAUAUCCGCCUCGUUGAGGCUGUCGAUAUCCCGGCGCUGAGGCACCUGCAUGACCUAGUUGUGUUCCCGGCCCAGGGUGACCGCGAUAUCCCCUCGAUGUGCUCUGGUGGCGACCUCGACGGUGAUGAGUACUUCGUCAUCUGGGAUCACGAACUCGUUCAGAUCCGACAGCAUGACCCGAUGGAGUUUCGUGUGUCAGCAAAGAAUGAGCAGGACAAACCCGUCACAAUCAACGAUGUGACCGACUUUCUGGUCAAUUACAUGAAGAACAAUUGCCUGGGUAUCAUUGCCCACGCGCAUCUCGCCAACGCCGACCAGUACGGCGCUGGACACCCCAAAUGCCUCGAGCUUGCGGCUCUUCACUCCCAGUCUGUCGAUUUCAACAAGACAGGGAUUCCGGCGAAGAUGAAGAAGUCCUUACAGCCCGUGAGUUGGCCACAUUUCAUGGAAAAGAGGGGAAAGAGCCACGCGUCUCAAACGGUCCUCGGGCAGAUAUAUGAUCGUGUUGCCAAGGUCGACUUCCAGCCUCGUUACUCGUACGCAUUUGAUGCCAGGAUACUGCGACGUUUCGACAUACCAGACGAACUUUGCGCUCAAGCUGAGGAACUUAAGGCACAGUACGACAUUGCCCUCCAGAACAUCAUGAACCAGUAUGGCAUCGCAACAGAGUUUGAGGUGUGGUCCACCUUUGUGUUGAGUAAACCUGCGGUCGGCUCUGACUACAAGACCCAAGAGACAAUUGGCCUAUUGCGCGGUAGCUUGAUUGACAAUGCCAAGGCGGCCGUCUUCGAGCACCUUGGUUCGCAAAAGGACAAGGAUGUUUUGCCAUUUGUAGCAGCUUGCUACAGUGUGACAAACAGACAAGUCCAAGAGCGACUGACAGAGCUGAGCGCGACGGCAGAGCCUCCGACUCCGCAGAAUAUGCCAUAUAUCAGUUUCCCGUGGUUGUUUGACAGGGAGCUUGGCAUUCUCGCAACGGGGACAAGGACAGAGCAAGAUGGUUCAGUUCAGUCAGAGCUUAGCAGCAACAUUAUGUCCACCCGGACUUCUGAUAUGCCGCAGAAAGAUGUGCCUGCCAGCGUUUCUGCUUCAUUGCAGGGUGAGAAUGUGCAGAUCGAGGAAGCAAAGGAGUUGGGCGAAGGAGAAGACAGCGACACCUUUGAAGAAGUCGAGGAGGAGGAUGCAAACCAGCCGUCUCCUGCAUGGAUAGGAUUCGGAGCUUCCUAA